AUGUCGAUGAUACUCGACGCCUUCGUCUCUAAGCUCCUCCAUGGCCUGAUCGCUUUGGUGAGGGACGAAGUGACCAUGCUCUUGGGCGUGACUGAUGAGAUCGAACGGCUCCAGAAAACCCUCGAAAAAAUAAACCUCGUCCUCGCCGAUGCCGAGAGGAAAAAAAUUCAGAGCAAAGCCAUUGACGAUUGGCUCAAGAAGCUCAAGGACAUCAUGUACGAUGCUGACGACGAAUGCCGGAUCGAGGCCGAGAAAUCUAAAGCUGACAUCAACCUUGCUCCUCUUGUUGCUCUUGCUUUGGUUAGCAGGAAGACGUCUCCCGUAGCUGAGGUCGAUAUUGUGGGACCCAAUAUCGAGAAGGAUACCGACAAACUGGUCGAGUUGCUGGUUGAGGAUGCUCGGGAAAACAAUAUUCUUGUAUAUGCCAUCGUAGGAAUCGGGGGACUUGGCAAGACCACUCUUGCUCGGAGGAUUUUUAACGACGAAAGGAUAACAACCAACUUCCCGAUGAAGCUCUGGAUCUGCGUGUCCAAAGAAUUUGAAGAGAACAGUCUACUGAAAGAUGUUAUCCGUCAGGCUGGGGGCAAUUCAGGAGGCGAUUCUAGCAAGGCACAGCUCGAGAUCGAGGUGGAAAACAGUGUCACAAAUAAGAAAUUCUUGCUUGUCUUGGAUGACUUGUGGGAGCCGAAAGUAUGGAGUGACUUGCUUCGAAACCCCUUGCAGCGUGGGGCAACUGGAAGUAGGGUCCUUGUGACCACAAGAAACGAAGCGGUUGCAUUGCAAAUGAAGGCUGUAAAACCUCAUCAUCAAGUGGAGGCCUUGUCUGCUGAAGUUGGUUGGGAGCUGCUGUGUAAGAACGUAGUUUCGAGGGGGGAGGAGGGAGAGAUAGAAGAUCUAAAGGAUAUCGGAGAGGAGAUUGUUGAGAAAUGCGGUGGUCUCCCUCUUGCUAUUAAGACCAUUGGAGGAGUGUUAUCAGCGAAGAGCAGGACAAAGAAAGAGUGGGAUAAAGUCCUCAAAGUUCUUUUGAACAACGCAGAGUCUAUGUCUGGCCUUCCCGAAGGGGUUCAACCGGUGCUAUACUUGAGUUACGAAGACCUUCCAUCUCAAGUCAAGCAGUGCUUUUUAUAUUGCUCGUUGUUCCCUGAAGACUAUGAAUUCCAUCGUCGCUUUCUAAUUCAUUUCCGGAUCUCUGAAGGGUUCAUCCAUGAAGAAGGAAAUCGAACAUUUGAAGAGCAAGGUGAAGAUUAUUAUGGGGAUCUCGUUCAGAGGAGUUUUUUCCAACCACAUCCUUGGUCUUAUGAUCAUCCUAGAUGCACUGUGCAUGAUCUACUAUGGUCUCUUGCUCGAUUUUUAGCUCGAGAUGAGAACACGGUUCUGAAAGGUGGGGUUGAAGUCCAAGUUCAUUCACCUUCAGUGAAGCCACGUCGCUUACAGGGUUAUGUUACAAAAGAAAAGCGCCAAGCCUUUAUUGAUGCAUUGGAAGGGCACGACUCCUUGAGAACUCUACUAUUAUGCUUGGGAGGAUCCCAGGUGGAAGAGAAUGAUGUCAACAAUGUGAUUAAGAAGACACCGCGUCUGAGAGUACUAGACCUUUCAGGGUCUGGGAUCGUAAAAUUGCCAGGCUCCUUGGGAAAUCUCAUACAUCUACGUUAUUUAGCUUUGUCAGAUUCUUACAUAACUGAGAUACCAGAGAGCAUAGAAAACCUUGUAAAUCUGCAGUUCUUGAUUCUCCAAGUAUGCAAAAAUCUACGCAGCCUUCCAAAAGGCAUCGGAAAGUUGCACAACCUGCGGAGUCUUGACCUUAUUGAAACAGAAUUGGAUGGUAUACCUAUUGAAAUUGCGCACUUGCAUCGACUUAACACACUGAUAGAUUUUGUGGUCAGGAACAACAGUAGUAAUAGUGGUUGGUGCACCUUGGAAGAAUUGAGACCUCUGAGAAAUCUUGAACUGCUCGUUAUCAUGAAGCUGGAGAGGGCAUUGAAUGAGGGUGAGGUUAGACUUAUAGCCUUACCAAAGUUAAGAGAAUUGACCCUUUAUAAUUGUCCAAAGUUGAGGUCUCUUCCUUCGGGCCUAGUUCACCAUGCCACUACCCUAAUAAUGCUGCAAAUAUCGUACUGCCAUAAUCUAAAAGCAAUUAGGGGCUUUUCCUCUGUCAAAGAAUUGGAAAUAUCUUAUAGCUGCAAUCUAGAGGAUGUUUCUGACCUUCCUCGCCUGAAAUUACUGAAGUUGGAAGAUCAUGAGAUGCGGUCCCUGCCAGAGUGGUUUCAUGGGGGACAACUUGACUUCCCUCUGCUCAACAAGCUUGAGAUCAUUGCCAGUGACCAACAACUCCGCAGAUGCCUCGAGGAUGGUUCAGAUUGGCCCAAAAUCGAACACAUCCGCUAUGUAUCUGCCAAGAACCAUGAUGGAUCCAGAUACAUCUCCAAGAGUCCCUCUGGGUUCAGUAACAACUUAAAUGAUUAUGUUGAAGAUGAGUAG